AUGCUCAACGAGUAUCAUGUGGAAGUGCACGCAGCCCAAGAUGAUCCCUGCAACAAAGAGCUUCAGAAAUUGUUAAAGAGGCAGCGGCAGGCCCAGGAAAAGGAGCGAGAAGAACAAGAUGAACUCCGCAGGGGCGCUAAGGUAGUCCCUGAGAAGGGUCUGAACGUUGAUCCCAAGAAUAUCGUCGAUCCGAAGUCGGAGAGACUAAGGAAGAAACCAGAGAGGUUCAGUGACAUCGAGUGGACGGAUUCCGGACAGCGCGGUUCAACAAUCUCAGCAGAGGAACUUCGCGCGCGUGAAGCGAUCGCUCUUGGAGAAGAGGAGACGCAUGAACGUCCACUUACGGACAAACAACGAGCGAAGCUUGACUCCAAGGCUGCGAGAAAGGCCCGACCAAUUAUGAACGAUGCGGCAAGACAGUUAGCAAUCAAGCUGUUAGACGAUCACGAUCGCGUAUACACUGAAGAAAAGGGCCUGAGGCUCAGCGUGAUGGACCUAGCGAAGUAG